CCGACGAAGAGAUACAGAAGUACUUGAGAAUUGGGAUAGGUAAUUUUUGUCUAUGAGCCAUGAAAAUUCAAGGAAGAACAGAUAUUCAGUCCCUUGUAGAAAAAUUGAAAUUUGGAGCCAAAUUUUUGCCCCAAGUGAACUGGAGUUCACCAACCGGGCUUCACAUAUCAGUGGCUGCAAGCCUUUUGGGUGCUACUGGCUUCAUCUUGGCUAUCAAAGAUGGUAAAGUUGGAAGCUUUAUCAACUUUGGUCUACCAUGGUCAUCAUCUGAUGGACUUGUUAGUUCUGACAAAAAUUGGGUUGUGCCCGGAUUGCAAAACCUUGGAAACAAUUGUUUCUUGAAUGUUGUUUUGCAGGCUUUGGCUAGUUGUUCGAGUUUUCAAAGAUUCCUCGACAUCGUCUUUGAGAAAUAUAAGUUUCCAUCAGUAGAAGAGAGUGCUAAAGCAUUGCCUCUUACUGCUGCUGUGGCAUCCCUGCUGGAAGAACUAUGUAUGGUUCAAUAUGUGAGAUCUGUACGAAGCCCGCGAAAGGUGAUGGUUGCGAUGGAGACUUACAUGCCAAGUUUCAGCUUAACUAGCCAGCAGGAUGCAGAGGAAGCAUUCUUUCAUCUUCUCGCUUCUUUGAGGGAAGAAUUGUCAGAAUCUUAUGUUCACUGGACCAGCUCCUUGGCUGACGCAACUGUACUCAAUAAUUCCAGAAUUCUUGCUCCAAGAAAGAGGCUAAGGGAAUCUGAACAGCAAAGAUGGCGGCGUAGUUUCCUUGGACCUUUUGAUGGGAUCCUUGGCAGCAUCUUGACCUGUCAGAGUUGUUCGUUUCAGAUCUCUCUGGAUUUCCAAUUAUUUCAUAGCUUACACCUCUCGCCGGUGCUCAGUAGUGGUGGUACAAUUAUGACCGGAUGCUCCUUGGAGAGUUGCCUGAGCCAGUUCUUUGUUUCUGAACGACUUGAUAAUUACUUCUGCAGUCACUGCUGGCAUAAUGCUGCUAUUAAGUACCUAUCCUUGACACGUGAAAAUAAGACAGAUAUUGAAAAGCUGAAGCUCUGUAGUGAGGAUGAUUCCUGUGACUGUAAAAGUCUCUGUUCUCUUAGACCAUUACCCUGGUCGAACAGCUACUCAAGAAGUUUCAAGCAGCUGAGUAUGGCACGUAGCCCACAGAUUCUGUGUGUUCACCUGCAACGUGCUUCAGUGAAUCUUUUUGGAGAACUAGUAAAAAUUCAGGGUCACAUCUCAUUUCCAUUGAUUUUGGACCUCUCACCUUUUAUGAAGAGGGGAUUAGUAAUAAAGAGCUUGGAAGAAAAUUUGCAAAGAGGGCAAGUACUGUCCAAAUGUCAGCCACCCUUCCCUUGUCCAAUGCAACCAACCAUGGAAAAUGCUACAGGUCUGAUAAAUUGCAAUGGGGAGACAGCAAAUAAAUUUCCUUUGGAAGCAGAGAAUCCAGAUCACGAACAAACUGUAUAUGACCCGCCAAAAAAUGUUCAUGGGAUCAAAACUUGGCCAAAAAUGCCUGGGAAUGGAAGCUCUGUGGACUUCAUGAUGAACUUUAGGCCUAUUCAUUCUAAUGACAAGGUAGAUGGACCUUCCACUUCUACAUCUUCCAAAGAUCAUACCUACAGGCUAGUUUCAGUCGUCCAGCACUUUGGAAAAGUUGGAAGCGGUCAUUACACUGUUUACAGAAGAGUCAAAGCUGAGACUUGUGAUGAAGAUCCAAUUGCGCUCUUAGAACCGACUCAUGCACGAUGGUUUUGCAUCUCGGAUUCUGAAGUGCAUGGUGUCUCAGAGAAGGAUGUUCUGGAAGCAGAGGCUAGUUUGUUGUUCUAUGAGAAAAUCCACUGAAAACUGACUACUUCAAGAAAUGGUGCUGCUGUUGUUUCUGGUUACCAUUUAUUAUGAUCAGAGUUACCUCGAUCAUCAACUUCUUCAAUAAAGCCAUUCUGUCAUAAAAUCUUUUAAAGACCUGAACAAGUACACAGAUGAUUGGUGACAAGGGAUCAUUUGACAGCUCUUACAGAAGCAAGAUAUGGCAUUUCUUAUGUUAAUCUCACUUAGCAUAGUACUUUGUACAGGAGAGGACUCUUGAGUUGAUUCUUCGACACCAUUUUUCCUUGAAAUUUAUCUUUACCACCUAGAUACAAAUAUAGAGGGUAUAUUUUGUUUUCUUUCAUCAUAGGGUUAUUGUUUCAAUUUGUACUAUAAACAUGGCAGCAAUAAAAGCUGUCUUUGUCUAGAAAAGAAAAACAAAAAGCUAUGUUUGGCAUAUGAGAAAAGAGCUUGGGUAGCUUAUACACGAUUCUCUCACUUU